AGAUUUGGAAUUUGGAGUUGAAAUCAUGCCGAUUCAUUCCGCUUAGGUGACGAAUGACAAAUUUUAUGCUGAAGUCAUCUUAAUUGAAAACAACCACAACUACCUUUGGCACUGCUAAUCUAAUCUGUUAGUCCGCUUGAUGCGUAAGGUGUCGUCGCCAGUGUUACUUCAAGUCUCGUGCAGUGCAGUCGCACCAAGAUGUUUACGGCACUAUUAUUGGCAUUACUCCUACUAGUCGUAACCUGGCUGGUAACGACCCUAGCCCGUAAUUACGCAACGACACGCAAACUAAGGCGUGACCUACCCAGCUUCAACGUGCUUCCGAGCGUCCCACUGCUGGGCAGUUCCCACCUGUUCAAGGACGGCACCGAACCUCCGGAGAUCUUCGCGACUUCGUCCGGCUUUCACCGGCGCUUUGGCAAUGACCUAAUCGCGCAAAGCUUCCUAAAUCAACCGUCGCUGCAGGUGACCAGUCCCGAAGUGGUCGAGCAGAUCAUCAACACUCGGACCAUCAACAAGUCACAGAUCUACGACUUUAUGAAGCCAUGGAUCAACGAGGGACUGCUGACCGCCGUCGGGAAGAAGUGGGCCCAGCGGAGAAAGAUCAUUACGCCGGCGUUCCACUUCAAGAUUUUGGAGGAGUUUCUGGGUACGUUCAACCAGCAAGCUGAAGUGCUGGUUGAUAAGCUUCGCGAGCAGGUCGGACAGGGUGACUUCAACAUCUAUAAAUACAUUACACUGUGCACGUUGGACGUAAUCUCUGAGACCGCCAUGGGAGUGAAGAUAAACGCGCAGGACAAUCCGGAUUCGCCGUACGUGAAAGCCGUUAAAGAGAUGGCUGAUCUGAUCCUGCGCCGUUUGUUCAGCGCUCUGCGCGAAUUCAGAUGGCUGUUCCCCUUUUUGAAAAUGGCCAAACAGCAAAAAAGGCUGUUGAACGUGCUGCACAGCUUCACUGAUUCGGUGAUCGUCACCAGGAAGAAUCAACUGGAAAACGAAUCCGCCCAGCAAAUAACCCAGAAAAAACUCGAAGAGUCCGACAUCUACGGCAAGCGUAAGCUGACUCUCCUGGAUCUGCUGCUUAACGUGUCUAUCGACGGUCACCCGUUGAGCAAUCCCGACAUCCGCGAAGAGGUCGACACUUUAUACCACAUCGCCCGCAACCCCGCCGUCCAGCAGAAGCUGUACGACGAAAUGGUGCAGGUCCUUGGACCAGACUUCAAAAACACAACCCUAACGAACAGCAUGCUGCAGGACCUCAAAUACCUGGACAUGACAAUCAAGGAGAUCCUCCGAAUUCACCCCUCAGUCCCCAUCAUCGGCCGCAUGUCCACCAGCGACAUGACCAUCAAUGGAACCAAGCUCCCCACCGGCAUCGAAGUCAUCAUCUUCAUCUACGCGAUGCACAACAAUCCGGAAGUGUUCCCCGAGCCGGACCGUUUCGACCCCGAGCGAUUCAACGAGGAGAACAGUGCCAAGCGUCACCCGUACGCGUACAUUCCAUUUAGUGCCGGAGCGCGGAACUGUAUCGGUCAGAAGUAUGCCCUGCUGGAGGCGAAAACGAUUCUGGUCAAACUGCUCGGAAGCUAUCGACUGUUGCCAUGUGACCCGGCCAAUACGGUGCGCAUCAAGUCGGACAUUACGCUGCGACCAGUCAACGGCGCGUUCGUGAAGAUUGUUGAGCGUUGACUGUUAAAAUAGCAGGACUUACUGGACUCUCGACUUAACAUUGUUGUUUCGGUUGCAUUAUGAAAUUCACUUUAGCAAGUAUACGAAAAUAUACAUUUUGA